GCAGCGAAAAGGAAUCAAACGAGGUAGGAACAAAUUCUUGUACUGAUGGGUCGAGGGAGAGGGUGGCUAGGGGUGUCACCACAAUGCGUGAAUUAACACACAUAAAAGAUAACGAGGAGCRAAAAGUGGUUUCAUAUAAUGAUGAAGGUCAACCUAUUGGAGAGAGUGCUAAAAAGAUGCAGAGUUAUAUUGKAUGUUGUGUGAGGAACCAAAUUCCCAUUACAUAUAGUAGUUGGAAAAAAGUCCCACGUGACUUGAGAGACAUGAUUUUUGAGUGUGUUGAGAUGAAAUUUGUAGUUGACCCUCGAGCGAGACAUAAYAUUUUACAAUCGGCUGGGAGAAAACAUAGGACUUUUAAGRCCAAAUUGACUCAGACUUAUAUCCUUCCAUUUAAGGACCAACCACAAUGUUUGGCCUCUCCUCCAGAAAAAUAUGACCAUAUUGAGCAGUCUCAUUGGGAUGCAUUUGUUYGAGCUAGAUUAUCAGAAGAAUUCCAKAAUCUUAGUCRUGCACAGAAAGAAAGAAGAGCUUACAACAAAUAUAACCAUYACCUAUCACGCAAAGGUUAUGCAAAUUUAGYAGAGGAGYUGGUGAGUAAUUUGAGCUUUUGUUUAUCUUAUUUACUGCAUAUGUUAUUUUGCAAAUGA